AAUUUAAUGUUAACAUCAAUUGGAUAAACAAUGGAAUCAAGCAUUGAUUUUGCAUCCAAUUUUCAAUUAUUUCCACGAAUCCAUUUAAUCACAAUCAAAUCGAUAAUUUGAUGUUUUAACAUUUUUAAGUGGCAAAAAAAGAUUAUCAGAAUCUAAUUUUGUUUGAGUGCAAUGUGAUAAAUUGAUUUUGUUUACCGUUCUGUGGGAGUUUUUUUGAGGUAAGACAAUAUUAUCAUAAUCCAUUCAAUAAAAUUUACCAUAAAUUGGUUGUGAAUAGUGAAUAGUGAAUUAAAAUUGUAGUGAAAUGGCAGACUACGUCAAUUUUAACUCACCCACAACUAUCAAACGUUCAAUCGCUAUUGGUGCUGUUGCAUUAGUGGCCACUCUAAUAACAAUUGGAGUUGUAGUUACAAUUACAAUUAAACAUGAAUCUUCAUCAAGCAACAGCCUUAAAAAUGGUGGGUUUAAAAUUAAAUUCAUCGAACCUCAAUGGAUACCAUUUGUCGAUGAAGAUACAUCUCUUGUGAAUGCGUUUGUUGCUGGUUCUACUAGUCAGUCUAGAACAGUUUACGUGUGUCGAGUCAACUCAACUAAAGCAUUGGAAAUCUUACCUGGAAUGCUUGGUCCUAGCAACUAUUACAGGUCGUGUGAAGUUACCUGGGGCGGCAAAUCUUAUACUUAUGAUAAUUUUGAAAUACUCGUAGCGAAAGAUCCUUCAGUGUUUGAAUGGAAAUCCGGCACAUAUGGAGAUACACCCAUCGGUGCUUUAAGUGGAGGCCUUUCCGAGUGGAAAGACGAUCUUCAAAUAUCAAGAGCUGCAAUUGGCUCGGGUAAAUACAUCGGAAAAGUUCAUGGUCGACAUUCAAAGGCUUAUGUAGCAUAUGACGACAAAGAAAAGGAAGUUAUAAGUUAUGAAGUUCUGUGCCUACAAGAUUACAGUUUAGGUUGAUAGUUACAAGCUGAGAACUGUUACCAAAUGUUGAUGAAAAUCCCAGCACUUCCAAAGACCCGACUUGUGAGGUGACUCUUAGCUUAUGAUCAAGGCUUCGGACAAUGCCAACCGUAUCAGUAAUAUUUCAAAUGUAAAUUCCCUGCUUGUGCUGAAGUUUUAAAAUUUAAUAAUUUGUAAAUUAUCAAAAUUCAAUUGUAAAGUGUACAUGACUUGAUAAACGAACUAAAUAUGAAUAUUCACUGAAA